AUGGAGUGGAUAGUAACUUCAACCCCAAUUGAACUUGGCAGUCCGCGACUGCAUAUGACGCCACGUAACGACCACUUACAGGGUGGACCGUCGUCAACAGCCGAUAAUCUAAGUCCAACGCUGGCCGAUAUCUACAUUUUCAACUCUCCUGCCGAUCUCAUGUGCUUCGCCGAACAAAUCGGCCAUGCCGAAAUCUCUAGCGGCGGGCUGGAGUUUGCACCAUCUGCUGAUGGAACACUCCAGAGGCUUACACUCCGCUCGGUUCGGAAGCUUCGCUUUGGUCUUUUGCGGUCCAUCACUCAAGCAACGGCAUUGACAGAGACCGAUCUCAACGGCGGCUUGGAUGGUCCAUUCAUGACACAGCUCAUCUCUAGCUGGCGCGAAGCCGUACGAGCACUGAACAGAAGUGUAGCUGCUAUCAGAUCGACCGACACCGACUCUCCUGAGCUCCAGCAUGGGUGUGGAUACCUGUGGGCCCCGGAACUUGUCCAGUUCGAUGUGUGGAAUGUGCGGGAUAUUCCACCAAGGCAUAUCGUCCGAGUCAUCCAGGAAUGGAGCACAACAAUGCACAUACAUGCAAAGCGAGGCGCUGGAGCCAUAAUAGAAUUUCAUGUAGUUGGAUGUAAUGAGGAAUCUCAAGAAUGGCUAAAUAAUGCAAUGCCUAGAGUGUAA